AUGGUCAAUCCAGCUAUUUCAAAUCUGGUCAUCAUGUUGGGGCUGACCCAACUUUCCAAGAAAAUACCUUUUGAAGACGAAAAUGUUCUUAAUAUUGCUCGCGGUAUUUAUAUUCUUUCCAACGUUAUCAUAUUUGGACUUUACUUGUACACCAAAUCUAUUAUCAAUAAGAAGAAUGAUUUAACAACUCUUAAGUAUGUCCAGCCAGCUAAUGCGUUUCAACAACAAGAGGAAAAACUUGUUACAACCACUAUCAAAGAAUACGAUCUGCAACAAGUUCAAAGUGCCAUCAGAAGUGUUUUUUCAGGGAUGGCUAUGGUUGCUUUCAUGCAUAUUUAUAUGAAAUACACCAAUCCAUUGGUUAUCCAGGCUAUUCUUCCCCUUAAAAGUGCAUUUGAACAAAACAUUGUUAAGAUUCAUGUUUUUGGAAAGCCUGCAAUUGGUGAUCUGAAGAGACCUUUUAAGACUGCUUCGCUUUUUGGGGCGGCUCAAGGCGAAGCCAAAGUUGAUAAAAAAGCAGUUUCUGCAGCAGAAACCGCUGGUGCCAGUGGUGUUAAGGAGGAUUAA